GCGUCGAAUUCUUUUGGUUCGAAUGACUGUCUGACUAUUUGUAUAUUUUAUUUUAAUUCAUUUUGGCUAGGAGAAAAUGCAGAUAAUCUCCUGUUGAUUUUGAGACAAACUUUUUCCAGGUCAAGAUAGCAACGAGGUGCAUUUGUUUUGUCCCGCGGAAGCCCUACUUAACAUACGUGGGUCACAUGACACAUUAUAAUCUGCCACAGUUCAGAUGAGCUUGAGAUUAUCGAGUGGUUCUUCGUUUGAUGGGACUUCAUAAAACGCCCUUCUCGAGUGUUGGAUUCAUCACAUCGUUGCAUUCUCCCGUUAGAAGAAGACGAAGGUGAAACGAGAUGGCGCGAAUGUUUCUUGGAAGUGUUCUCCUUGUAGUUCUUGGACUGGCGGCAGGUCAAGACAGCCCGUCCCCCGAUGCUCUAGCAGCCUUGCUCGCUCAACUUCAAGCUGGUGGCAGCGGGGAUGGCUCUGAUCUCCUUCAUCUUCUGGGACAGACUGGGCAGCACAGAGAAGCGUUGACACAGCCGAAUGUCAUCCUCUUCAUCGCUGAUGACAUGGGAGUCGGUGACCUGUCCGUCUAUGGUCACCCCACCCAGGAGCCAGGCUUCAUCGAUCAGUUGGCUAACCAGGGAAUGAGGUUCACCAACGGAUAUGUUGGAGACUCGGUAUGCACUCCAAGCAGGUCCGCCAUAGUUACAGGUCGUCUACCUAUUCGAACCGGUGUCUACGGGGAGGAGCGUAUAUUCCUACCUUGGACAGUAACUGGUCUCCCUGAAUACGAAGUGACCAUUGCCGAAGCGAUGAAGCAGGCUGGAUACACCACUGGCAUGGUUGGAAAAUGGCAUCUUGGAAUCAACCAAAACACAAGCGAUGAUGGCGUUCAUCUUCCCUACAACCACGGCUUCGAUUUUGUCGGUCACAACCUUCCCUUCGGCAACAGCUGGCGAUGUGAUGAUACUGGGCUUCACCAAGACUUCCCCGAUACUAACGCUUGUUUCCUCUACUACAACGCAACCUCAGUGGCUCAACCAUUCCAACACAAGGGACUCACUCAGCUCAUCCGUGAUGAUACAAUUGGUUUCAUUGAAGACAACAUCAACAACCCAUUCUUCAUGUACGUUGCAUUCGCUCACAUGCACACCAGUCUCUUCUCCAGUGAUGACUUCGCAUGCACCUCACGUCGAGGACGCUAUGGAGACAAUCUCCGUGAAAUGGACCAGGCUGUCGAGCAGAUCGUCACAACUCUUGUCGACAACGGCAUCGAUGACAACACCGUCGUCUUCUUCAUCUCUGACCACGGUCCACAUCGCGAGUACUGCGGGGAAGGUGGUAACGCCAAUGUAUUCAGAGGUGGUAAGUCCCAAUCAUGGGAAGGAGGACACCGUAUCCCUUACAUCGUCUACUGGCCUGGAACCAUUACCCCUGGUGUCUCGCACGAGCUGGUAACAUCCAUGGAUGUCAUUGCAACUGCUGCAGAUCUUGGCGGUACAGAGCUACCAACAGACCGUAUCUAUGACGGCAAGAGUAUCAAGGAUGUUCUUCUGGAGGGUUCUGCAUCUCCCCAUGACAACUUCUUCUACUACUGCAAAGAUACCAUGAUGGCCGUCCGCGUCGGAAAGUACAAGGCACACUUCAGGACCCAAGGGGAAAGCAGCCUGGUGGAACUUGGUGCGAAAUGCGACAGCGGGUUCCCUCUGGAAGACUACUUCGAGUGUGACGUGUGUGAAGGUGAGUGCGUAACAGAGCACAACCCCCCACUGCUCUUCGACCUCGAGAAGGACCCCGGUGAAGCCUUCCCCCUUGGACCUUGCGGUUACGAAGAUGUCCUCCUCAUGGUCAAGGAAGCCGUCAGCCAGCACAACACAGAGCUCGUGAAGGGAGUUCCCGUCCUGGAUCACUUCAAUUUCGACCUCAUUCCUUGCUGCAACCGAGAAACCAACUGCGUGUGUAACUACGAGCACGAGCCCGGUGUCGCUGAAUGUUAUGAGGAUCUUAUCAAGGUUGCCCUGCGUAAUGGAGUGCCUUAAACUCGCUCCACCAGGGAUGACAAAAUGAAUGAUUUUGUUCCCUUGUAUCAUUUCUACCAGUCUAUAAUACAUUCUCUAUCAUCUAGUGCCUUCCCUCUAUUCUAUUCCCCUACAUCAAGAUAUUUAAAGGAUAAGUCCACCCCAACAAAAAGUUGAUUUGAAUAAAAAGAGAAAAAUCCAACAAGCAUAACACUGAAAAUUUCAUCAAAAUCGGAUGUAAAAUAAGAAAGUUAUGACAUUUUAAAAUUUAGCUUAAUUUCACAAAACAGUUAUAUGCACAUCCUGGCUGGUAUGCAAAUGAGGAGACCGAAAGCACCCCUCGCAUUUAAUUCGUUUCUUCUUUCUCCUUUUGAGUCCUAAUUUACUUCCUUUGAACAUACCAGUAUUUCAAGAUUAUGUUUAUAUAACAACAUAGAUUGAUAACUAUAGUUAUAUCUAUUUUAUGUCUGGACACAGUGUAGAUAUUAUUUUUUAUUGGCUUAGAUUAUAUAUUUUAUAAAAGAUUGUAGCGUUGAAGUUUUUAGGGUUACGUAUAAUAAUACGGAAUGCUUUCUGCACUAAUGAUCUCUCUUUUUGAUACUUGCAUUUUGUAUAAACAAAUAAAUAAAAUCUGCUGUCGGA